AUGGACUUCGGCUGCCCCACCCUCUCCGGCUGUUCCCCAUCCUCUGCGCUUCUCUAUCAGGACGUGAAGAUCUUCCGAGCCCUGAUCCUGGGGGAGCUGGAGAAGGGGCAGAGCCAGUUCCAAGCCCUCUGCUUUGUCACACGGCUGCACCACAAUGAGAUCAUCCCCAGCGAGGCCAUGGCCAAGCUUCGACAGAAAAACCCACGGGCCGUGCGGCAAGCUGAGGAGACACGGGGCCCAGAGCACCUGCACAUGGACAUCGCGGUCAACUUCAGCCUGGGGGGCCUGCUGAGCCCCCAUCUCCGCAACGUGUGUGCCGAGGCUGUGGACGCCAUCUACACACGCCAGGAGGACGUCGAGUUCUGGCUGCAGCAAGGUGUGGACAACUCGGUGUUCGAAACUCUGCCCAAGGCCACGGAGCAGUUGGCGCUGCCUCGCUGCAGGCAGAUGGGGGACCGCGGGAAGCCCUGUCUCUGCCGCUAUGGCCUGAGCCUGGCCUGGUACCCCUGUAUGCUCAAGUACUGUCACAGCCGCGACCGGCCGGCGCCCUACAAAUGUGGCAUCCGCAGUUGCCGGCAGAACUACAGCUUUGACUUCUACGUGCCCCAGAGGCAGCUGUGUCUCUGGGAUGAGGACCCCUAGCGCGUGGAGUGAGAGAUGGGUCCUGAGGUGACCUCCCUGGGCCCGCUGGCCCUCCCCAGCAAGGGGUGACAACCCCCUGUGAAGCCUCAUGUCCCUUCCCUUCCCCUAAUCCCGGAGCCUCUGGCCCGAUCACACGUGACUGUGAAAUGGGUGUGGCACGGCAGGGGUUAAGUCUUGAAGACACCCCCACUCCCACUCUGUGCCUUCCUUGGGGUACAGAGGGAGAAGUUUCUCCAAACUUGCACCCUUUCCCUGCCUCAUCUCCCCUGAAGUAUUUUUCAAGCGACCGAAAUGUGAUGGCCUGUGAUUCUUCUAUUUAACGCUUAGGCAGUCUAGACCCUGAAAGGAGUCUAUGCCCUCUGUACCCACCUCCCCACUCACCCCUCCCCCUACUGUGGACUGAGCCGCCCCUCUGCACCCAGCAAGGGGCGGGGGGUUGCCACAGAGGGGACUGUUGGGGUCGGAUGCCCGAGCCCCAUCCCUGGCCACAAAGCCUUCUCCUCUCUGCUGGCCUCCAAGGCCAUGCCUGGGCAGAGAGGACCGCCCAGCCCUGAGAUGCCAACGGUGCCUUUCCCCAGACCAGGACUCGCCUCCAGAGCAGCGCCAGCUACCCCCGCCCCACACAGACGUAUUUUUGUAAGGUUCUGCGGCAGAGAGGAAGGGAGCAUGAAGUAUAAAGAAAACUUGAAUUCCAGAUUUUUAAUGCAAAGUAUUUAUCAUUUGUACCAGAAAUAAAAGUUUUAAGU